UGAAAAAUAUAUAUACUAUACACUAGAUUUACUGUAUUUUGGCUCAGUUAUACGUUUUUGUAUCCGGCCUUACCGUCUGCGCUCCUGUAGCUUUUUAAUUGGUCCACUCUUGAUGACUCUUAAUUGACGGCCCUCGUGUGCAGGUGAGGCCUCUGUGCGCAUGCGAGCAAAAAAGCAUCAACAAUCCGGCGAUGUCUUGCAAACAGAAAACAGAAAAUACUUCGUUUUUACUCGUGGUUACCGUUUAUUUUUACACUUUUCUCGUUUGUUACUCGGUAAGUUUAGGACAGCGGGAGGAAGGUUUGACUGACUACCAAGUUCAAGAGUCCGCAGCUACCUGGUUGGAGAGGAUUAAACAACAGGACGACGUCCAGCUGGGGAACUGGCGCCUGGUUGAACAAGUUAUCUCCGACCCAAAUGUGCGCAAAUCCACCGAGAUUCAGCCUGAACCUGCAGCCUUCCCCGGAGAGCCACUGCUGUAUUUCAAUGUACCCAAACUCGGUGAAAGUGACAGUAACUGGACUAUUGGUGAUUUCCACAGACAGCCAAGGUCUGAAGACAAAUAUCAAGCAGAUUUUACAGGUUUUGGUGCAGUCCAAGGGAAAGUUUUGGGCCCAUCAUUUGAUUCCACUCCACAUUUCUCUGAGUGGGUGGCUAUGAGACCUUUGGUGCAGUGUGAUGAUAAUGUCAUGACCUUCACUGCCUCUGGACAAGGACUCGCACACCUGUUAGUGGAUAGAGAAGGAACCUCUCCCAUCUCCCUGUUCCAGUUGCCUUCAUACUGUGGUUACUCAGUGAGGACGUCAUGGAGUGACCUGGAGAUGAUGGUGCCUUAUGAUGCAUGUUACAUUACACAGGAGAAUGGCAGCUACGUGCUGCCCAUGUUGUGGUGGGGCAGCCCACUGAAGCUCUCCUGCCCAGUGCAGAUGUCCACCUCUGCCCCCUCCUUGCCCCCCUUAGUCUAUUGCUCCCCCUACGGCAUGGCAGUGCAGAUAGAUGGGCAGGAGCAAGAUAUAACAAUGCUGGGAGUCGUAGUGAAUGGACGUUGGGGUCCAUUUGUGUCUGAAGAGUGUGCCUACCGUGUCUCCUCCAAUUCUGAGCAGCUUGCCUUCUUCAUCUCCUACAGUGCUCCGUGUAUCAUGGAUGGAGAUGGUCCUUAUCUCCAGCUUAUAUUAGAUGAGCAGGAAUACGUCCUCUCCUGUCCAGCCAGUGCUCAGGUUCCCUACAUCCCCUCUCCUCCUCUGUCUCCUGAUGACCACCAGUUUCUCCAAAUCCCAGAACCUGUUGGCCCUGCACCCACCUCCCCUCCUCCUCCUCCUCCCCCUCCUCCAACCCAGGAGCAGAUUGCUCAACUUCCUAACUACCCCCACUAUCCUGGAUUCCAGUACCCCCAGCUUCCCCAAGUCUACCCUCCUGGCCCACAACCUGGCCGUCCCCCUCAACCCACUCCUGGCAGUCCUCCUGGUUCGCAGCCCCAGCAGCAGCAGCAGCAGCAGCAGCAGCAGCAGUCCCUCUACCCCUCGGGACCUGGCAAGCUGCCGUACUCUCCUGGAGAGCCCCCAAAAUACCCUUCCCUUCUUCACCAGCCUCCUGCGGUGGUCCAAGCUCCGUCCUCCCCCGAUCUUAGCCCAUUGCUGGAUAUUUCUUCCCAUCAAGUUUCCAAAUUCCCUGCUGGCCCUUCUCAACAUCAAUCUGGUAUGCAUUACCCUUAUGUGCCGUUCUACUACCCUGCAGUGACACCAGACACCACUACUACAACUGCUCCUCCAGCUACCCAACCACCCGAACAUCCAGCAACUCUUUAUCCCCCACAGUAUUACCUUCAGUUACCUUACUAUCCUGCACCCACUGCAGCACCAGUGACCCAAGCACCUGCUUCCCUCCCUCCCAGCCCACCGUCUCCUCUCUCUCCACAUAAACAACAGUACCCAGUCGGCCCAUUUUAUCCACCAGCAUUUUAUAACUCUCACUAUCAUUAUGGACAGUUUCCCUACCCUUCACAUGCUACAGUCGUUCCACCUCUCACCACAACUGCCACUACGACAAUGGUUCCCAAACAACCUAGCAGCCCCAGCUAUUCCUUCAGCCAGUUCUACAACCAAAGACCCAUUUACGUCCCACCAACCACACCUCAGCCAUCUGCCAAAGAAGAAUCUCCAACUAUUCCUCAGGAACCUCAGAAACCAGCAGCUCCACAAGCCUCCUGCCCCCCUUAUGCUCACACAAUUUGUGGCUACUACCCUUAUCCCUAUUUUCCCUAUUACCACCAUAUGUCCCUGCCAUACUACCAUCCAUCUUACCCCCCUGUGCCCCAGUAUCCAAAGACACCAAUGACCACCACAAAGCCUCUCACCUCAACCACCACCACCACUACUACAACUACCACCACCACAAGUUCUACAGCAGCUCUCCCGACUGAAACCACUCCACAAAACCCUGAUCUCCAGUGUCUGAUGGGGAGGAUGGUUGUCUUCCUGCCUUUUGCUCACCCAGACUCCAUCCAGGUCAGAGACCAAAUGAAGUCAUGGCUGUUCCUCUCCAGUGUGUCUCCACUGUGUGGGUACAUGCUACAGAUUGCUGAGGACUCUGGGGUAAUCCUUCACUCUCCUCUGCCUGCCUGCCACAGCGAGCCACGGACUCCCACCAUCAUUUCCUUACCUCUGAGUUUUUGGGACCUUUCCAUGGCGAAGUAUAGGACUCUGGACUUGCAAUGUCCAUAUCAAAUGAUCCCUGAAACUCCUGCACCAGUUACAGCACCAGUUACCCCAUCAGUGUCCCCUGCCCCACCCAGCACAACCGUGAGCAAGGUCAGCCCAACUGUUGUCCCAAAGCCUGAGGUCUUCUGCUCCUCCGAUCAGAUGACCGUGGAGCUCCCCUCUGGUCCCAUCUCUGGAAUUGUUGUUAAAGACAUCAAAGGGAACCAUAUGAACCUCCAGGAUGCCCCAAAGCACUGUGGGUAUUCUGCAAGAAAAGGCAAAGAUGGCAAAAUCCGUUUGAGUCUCCAGUUACACUCCCGCUGCCACAUGAGUGUGCAGGGUGAAAUGUACAUCAUCACCAUCAUCUACAUGACAGUAAAUGGGAGACGGGAGGCUCAGUUUUUCUGUCCAGUUCUCAUCCAGGGGUCCGGACAAGAGUGCAACCUUCCCAGCGAACAGCGUCUCCCCUGCGGACCCGGCUCUGUAUCCCAGCCACAGUGCCUCUCCAUGGGCUGCUGCUUCAGCAAGCAGCCCCCUGCCUGCUACUACCCCAUAGAUGAGUGCACUAUUGACCGCCACUUUGUCUUCUCCGUGCCCGCCUCCCUCACGGAGCCCCCUCUUUCCCCUGCCCUGCUUGUCACUGCUGGUAACUCCAACUGCAAACCUCUGAGAGUGACUUCAGACUACGCUUUGUUCAAGAUCCCGAUGGAUGGAUGUGGGACGCGCAGAGUUAUGGUGGGGAAAACCAUGAUCUACAUCGUGGAGGUCAUCAACAAGGUUCAGGCAAUCAGUCUCAACUAUGGCACCAUAACAAGGGAUUCGCCUGUGAGGUUGUUGGUGGAGUGCAGGUAUCUGCCUAGCCCUGUUCUCAGUGUGAGCUACAUGGUUAAAACUCCCACUGUUGGACCUGCAGUUCAGACACAGGGGGUGUUUGGAGUCCAGCUCAGGAUUUCCAAAGACGCCCAGUACAGCAGCUACUACCCUCAGUAUCACCAGCCCCUGCAGAUGCUGCUGGGUAAACCCCUCUACCUGGAAGUACGGCUGCUCAACACCCCAGAUCCCAGUUUGGUGCUGCUGGUGCACUUCUGUGUGGCUUACCCCCGCUCAGGAAAAGCUGUGUGGCUGCUGCUUUACAACGGGUGUCCCAACCCCUUGGACCCAGCCCCGCAGCAGGCUGUGCUGUUUGAUCCUCGACCACCCUCUCCGCAGGCUCAGACCCGCCGCUUCACCAUCAGCACCUUCCAGUUCCUUCCUGAUGGUGAGUUCAAGGACCCAGACGAAGAGAUCUACUUCAUGUGUUCAACCGAAAUCUGCUCGCCACGUGAUGGGCCUUGUGUCGAGGGAUGCUUUGGCCAGUGAUGUUACGACAUGGAAGAUGCUUGAAGUUGGUGGAGAUGAUGAUCUGGCCUCAGACAUCACUUGUUAAACCAACAAUAAAAGCUCUUAGAGGACAAUGAAA